CAUAUUUAAAUUCCUUAAAAUAUUUUCUCAUUUAGGAUUUUGCAGUCAAAACAUUUACAAAGGGAGGAAUAACACACUUAACUGAUGACGAUGGUGUCCAGGGGCUGGUCUGCAGGUUCAUAAACAAAUAGUGGACCAAUCAGAGAGCUCGGUGGGAGGUUUUUCAGUGGCUACAUGGGCCUUUAUAAAGGUAACGUCAGUGUUCAUUGGUGAAAACAUCGUGCCUGCAUCUUCAACUUCACUUGGACGACAAGAAGUUUACAUAGGAAGACACAAUGCUGUCUCUAGCUGUGUUGGCCGUGUGUCUGAGCGCAGUCCUCUCAGCCUCCACUAAGGACCCAAAGCUGGAUGAGGACUGGAAUAAGUGGAAGACAGAUCACAGUAAAACAUACCCUCAGGAAGAGGAGCCCUGGCGGCAACUGAUAUGGGAGAAUAACAAUAACCUGGUCAAGCAGCACAACACGGAGGCGGCCCAGGGCAAACACUCCUUCACCAUGGGCACGAACCAGUACUCGGACCUGACCAGCAAAGAGAUGGAGCUCAUCUUUGGCCUCAGUCCGGAACCAACAGUGACCCAGCAGACGACGGGGAACACCCAGAACUCCGUCUCAGCGAAGUCCAAAAGCCUGGCCGUCGCAAUAAGUUCUGUGGACUGGAGGCCCCUUGGCUACGUUACUCCUGUGAAGAACCAGUCUCUCCAGGGUCAGUGUGGUUCCUGCUGGGCCUUCAGCGCCACCGGAGCUCUGGAGGGCCAGAUGUACAAGAAGACCGGCAAUCUGGUGUCGUUGAGCGAGCAGAACCUGGUGGACUGUUCCAGACCUCAAGGCAAUAUGGGCUGCAACGGCGGUCUGAUGACCUAUGCCUUCAACUAUGUCAAUGCAAGUAAGGGCCUGGACACUGAGGACUCCUAUCCUUACCUGGGAUCGAAUCAGCAGCAGUGUCUCUACAAUCCCGCGUACAGCGCAGCCACCUGCACCGGCUAUGGUAGCAUCACCAGCGGUAGUGAGGCUGCUCUGAUGAACGCUGUGGCCACUCAGGGACCUGUGUCUGUAGGCAUCAAUGCCAGUCUAUCGUCUUUCCAGCUCUACAAAUCAG